AGGGUUGGGGUGAGGAUGAGGGGCGGACUCCUGCUCUUGCUACUGCUGCUGAGGCUCGUGAAGUUUCCUGUCCUUUCGUCUCUGCGAAUCUGCGACCUCUCUCCCGGCGGGCUCACAGAGGAAGCGACCAUGGAAGAGGAGGGGGAUACCUACACGGAGAUGAGGCAUUUUACUCAGCUGUGGCCUCUCCCCAGGUUCCGCUCUCACAGUGACACCUACGGAUUUCGCUCCAGAGUGCUGUUCAGGCUGCGGGGAGCCCGCUCAGUCGAUGGGUUGGAGAAAUCAUCAUCGCUGGCCAGCUGUGACGUGGUGGUGGACAGCGCCACCAAUACCCAGAAUGCCCCUGCAUCACGGCAGCAGCGAGGCAAGCUGUCGUCACUGGGAAAGCUGUUCAAACCCUGGAAGUGGAGGAAGAAGAAGACAAGUGACAAGUUCCAGGAUCUUUCCAAAGUUCUAGAGAGAAAAAUCUCCACCAGACAAACGAGGGAGGAGCUCAUCAGAAAAGGAGUUCUCAUCCCUGACCAAGACGAGCCAGUCGGCAGUGAAAAUCUCAACGGCCACGCCGCAUCCAGUGUGACAUCAGAGGAGGUCAAGGUUGACAUUGAGUCUCCAGAAACAUUGCAGGAGGAACAGGCCAGCGGGCCCGUCAGCACUGAGGACAAAACAGAGAGGUGUGAUACUAAACCCCUCGCCCGGGCUAACCAGGUGCGACCUCGAGACGUUCAGUCUAAAAAGCAGCAAAGUGCCACUCUGCCCGCCUCUUCCAAACCUGCGGGUGGCACCGCAGGCACGAGCAGGCACAGAGAGGGGACCUUGGCGACUAAAAAGACAACUAAAACCACAGGGAAGGCAGGCUCAUCCACUCAGGCUAAAGCUAACCCGCGGAGCACUAACACCACUAGUCGUGGGAUUGCCAAAUCCUCCCAUCCAAAGAAGACAGGAGGCGCAACAAAAACUACCCACGCCUCCGCCUCCACCCCUCGUUCUCGUGCAUCUAAGGACACUAGCACUGCAGCGCAGACUGAUGGGAAGGAUGCAAGGACCAACCGGAAAUCAGACACUCCCACCUCUUCCUCUGCACCUCAAAAGGCCUCUGCAGAGACUCCUAGCCAGCCUGGGGAGAUAAAAUCCUUGCCCCUUUCCUCAGACUCCAAGCCUGCCUCACAUAAAGCCUCAGGCAAUGAGACAGAGGGGGGUCGAGCUGUUUCUCAAUCUGCUCCCGAUGCCUCAACUGUGGACGAGGAGACUCGGAAAGGUAUGGCUCCUGAACCCACAGACCAGUCUCCCCAUGUCAAUGCUGCUACAGAGGACACUUCCUUCACGGAGGGCGAGACAGACAGCAGCUUGCAGGGGGAGAAACUGGGGAGAACGGGAGAAGAGGGAGGAGAGGAAGAAAAGAAGAAGGGGGAGACGGAUUCUGCUGUGGAGAACGUCCCAAGGUCAUCAGAGGGCCACACUGAAAAGCCACAGGGCCUGAGUGUGAAAACGGAGAAUGCCGAAGUGACAGUGAUCCCUGAUAGGCCGAGAGACAGCCAAACUAGCGACUCUGACUCUGACGGCCCAAUCCUGUACCGAGAUGAGGAGGAAGAAGAGGAGGAGGAAGACGAGUACACAAAUAGCUCUCUGGCCAGCAAGAUCCGGCGACGAGACACCCUGAACAUCAAGAUUGGGAACCGACCGAGCAAGAAAGAGCUGGAGGAGAAAAACAUUCUGCCGCGGAGCUCUGAGACAGAGAGACACGAGCUGCGCCAGCAGAUCGGCUGCAAACUAGUCAGGCGCCUGAGCCAAAGACCCACCACAGAGGAGCUGGAGCAGAGAAACAUCCUCAAGCAAAAGAAUGAAGCAGAGGAGCAAGAAGCCAAGCAAGAGAUUAAAAGGAGACUCUCCAGAAAGUUGAGCGUGAGGCCUACAGUGGCAGAGCUUGUUGCUCGAAGGAUCCUGCGUUUCAAUGAGUAUGUUGAAGUAACAGACGCCAAGGAUUACGAUCGGCGGGCAGACAAACCCUGGACACGGCUUACUCCCGCUGACAAGAUUCCAUCGGCCCUAAGUGCUCUUACUGCCAGCUGGACGUCGGCACCACAAGCUCUCCCGUCCACAGCUCCCAGCAGUCUCCCGGCCCUCCAGACCCUCAGUGCACAGCUCAGUACACUCCGCUUUGGGAUCCUCUUGCCCCUGAUGUUGUUACAUCUAUAGUGACAGCUACAGGUGUGUCUUAAGGCCUCGGCCAUCCAAGGGCACCUGUGAAACAUACAACACAUAUCCAUAGUCACAACAGUGGUGUGUGUGUGUGUGUGUAUAGCUCUCUGAUUAGAACCAUUGAUUUACUGUAGAUGGCCAGAGCCUGCUGGUAAAUGAUGAUUUUUGUUUUUUUGGUUCACUGCAGGCCUUGUGAUGAGAGGUUCCGGUGAGGAAAAGGGGCAGAAUGACCCCUGUAGUAAUGAUUGUGGCUAUUGAGUUUGAGUCCAUGCCAUGGUAUGCCUUGACAUAAAGUGGCCAUAUAUGGGCGUCCUCAUGGCACAGGAAAUGGGAGUGAUUGGAUGGUUGUGUGCUGAUGUCAGUGCCUGUGUCAUAGAUCAGAGGGAAGGAGAGGCAGUUUGUUCCGCUCCGAUGUGCCUCUCGGAGUUGAAUCUGAAAUACUGCAGUUCAUUUAUAGACAUAUUUAAAGUAUAUUGCCACUAGAGGGCAUUAUAUCAUAAGAAUUAUAGCCUGUAAGGAUGAAGACGAGUAUGUAGAUGAAGAAUAAACUGCGAGUGUUAAUAUUUAUAAGUUCUGAAGCUGAGGGGGCGCUGGGUACCGGAGGCAUUAAGAGUGAAGUGCAAUGGAAAUCGCUGCAGUUCUAGCCACUUCUAAUCCCUCAGCACUCUUCAUGGUGAUACAUGAUAACCAUUUACCAUCAUAUAUCCUGUGUUGAGUUAUUAAGCACCAGACGUCGAAUCACAAAGUGCUGGACUUGCCGUUUAGAGGAUCUACUUUUCAUUCUUUGACUUCAGUUUUUCAUUUUAGGCUUUUGGCUGGAGCUCCUACUCAGAGUAUCUUGGUGCCAAAGAAGAAGCAGGAGUUUGAUUGCACAUUUGAAAGUUGGCUGAUUUGAUAUUUGUUGGGUGGACUUCAUAUGAAGGUUUUAUGAAUAUAGAGCAGAGAGGCACUAAGAGUUUCACCACUGAAGCAAUCAGCUGGCCUCUCAAAGAAGAGGAGAAGUACUUUUCCAUUCCCUUGAACAUGCUUUUGCAAUUUAAUCUUGUCAGCCGAUGACAGUUACGUAAGACAGGCUUCCUGACAAAUGGCCCUUUUACACUUUGCCCUAACGUGCACCUUGAAUCCGGCCGUAACAGUCUGUUAUCAUCAACACAGCUGGAUUUCUCUUUUUACCCCCAAACUGUAGAAUUUUACCAUUAAUCCGAAAAUAUGAGGGAACUGUUUGGUAUUUCUGGAAAUACACUAAUCAGUUAAACUACAAAUAUUUUGAAACAAAGAGGAGGAUUUGAUGCUUUUUUCUCUCAUAUGAUAUUAAACUGAAUACCUGUGGUCAGAUAAUACAAGCAAUUUAAAUUGAAAUUGAAGAUAUCAGCUUGGGCUUUGGGAAAUUCUAACAUGGAUUUUUCAAUAUUUUAUGACAUUUUAUACAUAAAACAAAAAAAAAUACCGAAUCGUCAUAUUAAUUGAUAAUCAAAGCAAUCAUUAGUUCCUACUCUAAAAUGCACUUAUUCGCUUUCUUGCUAAGUAUUAGAUGAGAAGAUCGACACCAUCCUAAUGCCUGUAUGCCUAAUAUGAAGAUACAGUCAGCAGAUGAUUAGCUUAGCUUAGCAAGAAGACUUUUCUUUACCUUUGAACAGAACAGUUAGCUGUUCUUUCUCCUGUCUUUAUGCUAAGCUAAGCUAGUCGCCUGCUUGUUUCAUAUUUAGCGCACAGACUAAAUCUUCUCAUUUAACUCCUGACAAAAAAUGUGAUUAUGAGUGUUUCUCAAAAUGUUGAACUAUCCCUUUAAUACUUCACACAUAACGAUUACAUUUUGUAUUUUGCACACUAAAAUAAAAAACCUCAAGAUGCAUGUUUAAAGGGGAUGAGUUGUCAGCUGUUUUUGUGUGGUUGUGUUUGUGUUGACUGAGCUACCGGAGAUGAAAAGUCAGAUGUAAAAGAACAGAUCAAACCUGUCAGAGAUGUUUAAGGACUAAAUAUGAGAAGCUGGUAUAGGAGAACAAAACAAAACAUGACAGCUCACUCAUUGUGGAUUUUCAUAUCAAAAUUAAACAAAAACAUUAGUAAUUUUUCAUUCCCAGCAUAUUUGAACUAGAUAGACGAUGUUUGCUGACAAGUGAUUGACAGAUUGAGCUUGCUGACGUCCAAAGGCUUGUGUUCAAAUAAAAGACCUCCAGCCUUUACAACACUCGUCAUUCUGGCAAAUAGUAACCGAAAAGGACGGAUGUGUUCCCUCUGCUUCCGAAUGUGCGGAGGUUGUAACAUGAAAUGAUGUACAGUGAUGGAAAAGAAACCAACAGUAUUCAUUUGUGUCAAUGUCUAUGUUGUUAUAUAUAUUGAUUAUUUUGUACAGAAUGUAUAUUGAGCAUGUGCAUACAUUGAAAUCAACUUUACUACCAAUAUGAUACAAUGCAACUUCGAUGUGAACGUUUUAAGCUCUGAUUUUAGUCGUCUUAUUUUUAUUUUUUUUAUCCUCCCCGGACACUGGUAAUGAAAUGAGCAGCACAGCGCACAUACACGUGCUGUUUCCAGGCAGAAUAUCAAGCUUAAUGUCUUGAAUAACUGUCAUGUCUUUAUCAAACCUACCUGUUCCCUAAGCAGAUGAUAGACAAAACAUUAUACAGGUAGUUAUAAAUCAGAUUAUUAUUUAAUAUUCUGCGUCACUUUCGUUUUAAGUGAAGUCAAGAGGUGCAAUGCAAGCAAAGAAGAAUCCUCUCUGGACCUCACGUUUGAUUUAUUUCUUCAGAUGACAGGAUACAGCUCCACAUUUUGACAUGAUCCCAACAACUUUUUAAACAAGCUCAAGUUUCAACAAUCCAGUUGAAUUUUAUAAGAACAGGAAAUAGACGUCUGAUUGGUUGCACGCAGUGUGAAAUCAGUUUCUAUAAAAGCAAACAUGGUGCACACCAACAGCAAAUACUGUGAUAAAAGACCAGAAAGCUCUUAUAUCAGAUAAACAAAUAAAAAGUCUUACUUCUUUUCGCAGCUUUGGUCCUGUCGCAGUGAAGUAAACAUGAACAUGUUGCUUACACCCACCUUAGAAAAAUAAGAUAAGUUAAAGCAGUUGAAGCAUAACUGGUAACACUGUAUUUUAACUCGGUGUAUAAGCAGUAUAUAGUCAAUGAAUAAAUGAUUAUGUAGUGAGCAGAUAUAAAGACAUUUUUAUGCGUUUAUGAAUGUAUUUGUUAACAACUUUAACUCCUUUUAUGAAGCAUUGAUAACUAUUAAACAUGAUAUAGUAUAUGUAAUUUUAUAUAGUAUGUCUUCACAAGUUUUAAACACAUUUAUGAACGGUUUAAAACCUGCCUGUCAUUUGUACAUGUGUAUAAAGGAUUUGUUAUCAUUAUUACAGCCAUGUUAUAUGUUAUCGGUCAUUCAUUAACUAUGUAUACAACAGGAUGCUUCAUAGGAGAAGUUAUAACUGUGGGCGAAAUAUAUUAAUAAACACUUUAUAUGUCCUUAUAUUUGAUUACAACUACAUUAUAGUGUAUUACAGAUCAUUUAUGAGGUGUUCAUAUGCUGCAUAUUAAUGCUAAAUUGACAUGUUAAGAUAAAGUGGUGCCCAAUAAGAAGCUUUAGAAAUCUUGUUUGGGUAAAUCCAGGCAAGAGCUUGGUGUUAUCUUAGAGAGUCCACAGACAGACCACAUCUACAAUUUUUAUUUUUUUUCAACACUGAUGUCUAAUUCCAUAUUUUAGUCCAGAAUUGGGAAUAAGUAUAUCUAAACUAAGCAGUUGAUAUUGUGGAGGAGCCUUGGCAGCUGAUGUUUAGUCAUAACCUGUCAGUAUUAAUCAGAAGGGGGAGUCCUGUAAAAACCUUUAUGGCUGCCGUCUGGUUUCAUCUCACCUCGUACAGGACUGCAAAAAUAAACACAAUAAACCUUCAGAGUUAAGAGACCCAAAGAAGCUGUAGGAGUUAUAAACACACCCUACAUUUCUAUCCACUGCAGACUAUGUGGAAUUAAAGUGUAAAACAUAAAAUAACUGCUUAAUUUCAGAAAGUUUUUCUCUAAAAUUCCAGUUGAGUUGUUUUAAAACAUUCACAUUCAUUUUGACUCUGGCUUUCCUGACUGCCACUUUUAAUUUGCAAUUCUGGAGACAUACACCAGUUCAUGAAAAUGUUUGUUUUGUGAAUGUUUGCUGCUGUAAAGUGUCCUCCAUCGCUUCCCCAAAUCAAAUCUCUAAUUUCACACAGGAGCCAUAAACCAGACUGCUGCUGCUGCUGUUGUUGAUUGAAAGCCUUUUAUCUUUAUCAUGUAGUCUUUUCUUGAUCAUGUGAAAUUCACGGUAAGGUAACAUGAUUUGUGGGGGAUUGAUUUUUUUUUUUUUCCACAAAAACGCAACAAGAUGCUCAAAGCAGCAAAGACCCAGGACUGAACAUUUCACAUGGACUCCAAACACCUUUACUGUAUGUUUGAUCUUUGAACUCAUAGGACGAUGUCAUAUAUCCCAAAAAACCUGCUACUGUUACGUGCAAACUGUCAGACUGUGUAUAUUGUUUUUGUAUAUAAAGAAUCAUGGAGAAAAAAACAUAAAAACA